ACAAAGAGGUUACUGUCAUGCUGUCAGGAAGAAAAGUGUAAGAUUCUAUUUCAGGAUCUAGGCGAAUCGUAAAGUAAAUUAUUAUAUUUGAACUAUUUAAUGAUUCUAAAAUUUCUUUAUUUAUUAUUAUUUAACCUCGUUUCGAGUGACAAUAUUUUCAAGAUACCGUUUGCCGAUAAAGAGAGCUAAGUAUCUGUGAAUUUUUGGGUGAGUAAUAUGGUAAUAAUGGAGAGCUGCUGUUUACCAGAAAACAGUUAUAACGAGUUAUGGCAAGAAAUAGAACGAUGCCAUUUAAGCUACUUGGAGAUGGACGAGAGUCCUGAGAAGAUUCUGCAAAGAAAUAGACUAGAAGAUUAUAUUUACGAUUUUCUAUGUGUCUCCGGGCAUUACCACAAAUUCGGCUUCCAUGAAACUGCGGAAGUAUUACAGUUAUCUGUAGCUCACAAGAAGGAUUUCAGUGCUUACAAAGCAGCAAUGGGAUUCAGUGCUAUACAACUUUAUGCAGGAAAUUUACUGGCACAACCUUGGAGGAAGGAAUACAGACACUUAAAGACUUAUUGUGGUUUCUAUAAGCAUCAAGUUGAAGCAAACUUAGUGGGAGCAGAGAAAAUGUUUGAAGCUAUGGGUUACAGAUAUUUUGGGGAUGGGUUGUUAAUUCUCGACGAUCCCAUUUCUCCCGAUAGAAUCACGGCUGUAUCGAGGGAUUGCUUAAUCGCUUAUGUGGAAUGUCAGAUUCUAAAGGCAAUAUGGGAAGAAGUUGGAAAAACGUUUAAAAUUUCGUGGUUGGAAGUCGUAGAAUUCCGGAGAAACCACAUCUGUAGUCCAGAGAAAUGCUCAAACGCACUCAAAUGCAGGCACCACCAGCGACAAUAUCAAGAACACAACAGAAGCCUUUCCCAAGGAUCCAAUCCAUACGUGCGAUGCCAAGCCAUACCAGUUCCUGUAGUUCCUUCCAUGAUUCCUAUGAAUCAUUCUUUCCCCCCUCCUAGCACGCACCACCACGUUGGACUACCUCCACAACCUGAGUACAUGGUGAACGGGUGUUGUCCCCGAACCUACCCUGCUUACACUCUACCUUAUAAUUCCGCUGUUUUAAAACCUUGUAUAAAUAACGAGUAUUACAGUAUUCCUGUGCAGCCAAACAAUAUUUACGCUGUUCCUACGGGUAAGUUAAUAGAGGUUGAACCUAAUUCGCCGUCUGCGUACGAUACAGUCGACCAUCCUUCCUAUAGAUCUAGGCAUUCAAGAAAAUCUAGUGAUAUUGACUACGACGCCAUGAACAAUGGUGGUGUUGAAGUUAAAGAUUCCCAGCUGGAAGAUUGGGAUUAUGUUUAUAAAAACCUUGAAAGUCAAGGAUAUAACAAAGAUUUAGGAGAAAGGGGCGACGUACUUAGUCCUGUAUCGAACAAAAACCUCAAAGAGAACAAAAAGGUAAAACAAACCAAUUUGGACGAGGCUUUCAAUCAUUUAAGCGUCCAUGAUAGGCCGUUGAAAGUGAACGAUGCCCCAAAGAAAGCUCAAAAGACCCUCGAAGCUACCAAAACUCUUACUAGAGAGAAACCUGCGACUGUAGAAAAGGCCAUUCAGGCUAAGACUGUUGAAAAGAAACCAAAAGAAAAAGAUGACAAAACGAUUAAGAAAAAACCAGUGGUGACGAAGACGACCACGAAUGAUUCUCCCAAGGAGAGUUCUAGAUGGACUUGUAGAACUUGUACCUAUUUGAAUGAAUCGGCGAAGGAUAUUUGUGAGAUGUGUGGGAAGAGUAGGAUCCUCAAAGACGAGACUCCCAUUGAAGUUGGAGGAGCGGAAUGUAGCAAAUGUACUUUAGUAAACCCAAAGAAUAUGAAAGUCUGCCAAGCUUGUGGGACGAGCCUUGUAGGAUCGCCAACGUAUAUAUAAUCCUAUGUAAGCAAUUAUCUGCACAAAAUUAUUUAACGCUGUCGGUUUUUGAUAUGUAACUAAGAAUAAAAUUGUUGUAAGAACUAGUAACAGAUGUACACAGUUCUAAAGGUGAACGUUGAGCUUGAUUCCUUCUUUUGAGUAAUCUCUUAUGGUUAUGGGCUUCAAUAUCUAUUCAUCAUUCUUUUUGCUAUUCUCCCUAUGCGGGGUUGGCUUCCCUGAUUGCAUUUCUCCAUAAGUUUCCAUCUUGGAUCAUAUCAAUCACCAAUCUCUUUACCGACAUGUCCUGCCUAAGCGUCUCCCCAUGUCUUUUCUGGUCUUCCUUUACUACUUCUUCGAAGAACCCGCAAUUCAGCAAUUCUUAGUAUUAGGUGAAUAACGUCUCGACAUUGAACAUGGCCAAACCGUUGUCUUCUAAGACGUCAGACUCAGUAAAACACAGGUUUAAACAAAAUAAAUAUAUUCGGUCUAAUUAUUUACAAAAAAAAAUAAAAAUAUAUAUCAUUCUAUUCGUCGCAACGAAGUCCUCCUCCGGAUAGACGUCUGAAAAAGAACAGCAAAAUUAACAAUAAUAUGAAAUGUUCUUACACCUCAGCACAGUGUAAGUUUGCAAAACAAUCACGCUAUUCAAAUAUAUAAAUUUAUCGGGAGCUCGCCCACCACCGUUUACUUAUGAGCCGCAAAUUACCUCACCACGGUACACCUUGCGGCUCGAGUUGGCCUGACUUAGUUUGCGAGAUCACUUCACCACGGUGCCUCGGUACUCAGGUCGGUCUGCCUAGCUCACCUCGCUUGGCUGGUUGUGGAGCCCAGAGCUGUCGCUUCAAGACUGGCAGAUCUCUGCUUGUGGCCUCUUUAAAUAUCUUGACUUGCACGGUUCUAAGUGUCGAUGUGUGUUCGACGUAUCGGCGUAUCAUUACACCAUAUUAACCCAUGCUUUCUCAUUUUGGCAUCAAUUUGUGUCACCCUUAGACUCUUUGACUUCCUCUAAUAUACUCAUUUUUAACUUUAUUCUUUUUUUCACUUCACUCAUCCGUCUAAGCAUUCUCAUUUCUGCCACACGCAUUCGUUGUUCCUCUUUCUUUUUAACUGCCUAACAUUCGGUUCUCUACAUAUAGCCGGUCUUAUUGAUGUUUUAUAGAAUUGUCUCUUUAGCUCUAUUGGAAUUUUUCUGUCACUCGAUACACCACUCGCUUCCUUCCACUUCAUCCAUCCAACCGUAAUACUACUACAUCAGUGGCUUGCGGUGACAUUUUCGGAAGAGGAAGAGAUUCAAUAAGGGUUUAACAAAUAUUUUCUUACGAGGGUCGAGAUCAAAACAUAUACCUACUUAAUAGGUGUAUACCUAAUGUAUUACCUGUUAACUUAUAUCGACUAAAAACAAGAACUACAAAAAAUUAGGUAUAGUGUUUAACCCAGUCUGAGAGACAUGCACACGCCUUGAGAAUGAGAUUCGGGUGAUACAAAUUCAUUGAGGCAAGGAGGAUUUACUCUUAUAAGCGGGCGUCACUCCAUCCCGCCCCAAUGCUUCAUACUAUCCACUUCCCCUCCGAUAGCACUCUGAUGCGCUAUAUGCGAUCAGCAAAGUGCUUAUUAUGUGGGAGUCCUGAAUACAAGGACUCACAAACGAAAUCCUACCCCGAUCAUUGCAGGUUAGUGACUCUAGUGACUUAGUAUAUCGUAUAUCUAGUGACUUAUCAUCGAUCUGUACUGCUUGCUCAGGGUUGAGUCCCUGCUCCAGGCUUGGUUUCUUUAAACUUAAAAAGAAGAGUUCUAUUCAAAAUUAUUUUUAUAUUCCGAUUUCGAAUCACCUUCCAUAACACACAACUUUCAACAAUAUGACACUUAUUUACUUAUACUUGAGUCCUAUUCUCUUAUCAACCAAUGCAAAUUUUUUGUCGAUAACAUCGUCGUAAAAUUUUGGAUUUUAUGAUAAUUGUUUAAUAAAUGCACUCUUUUUCAAUGGAUAAUAGGGCUAACUUGGAAAGUCUGUCUUCACUUGUAAAAUUUAUUGUAAAACUUUUGAUGCGUUUUAAUACUGAAAAACUUCGUUCAACUGAUGCACUUGUAGCUGGGAUAGUUAGUACCUACUACUUAAUUCACACAACUUGCCCACUUCACACAGAGACUGAUUUAAACCAGUAGUAUUCAAAAAAUUCAACCGAUUCCUAAGUAUUUCUUUAUCACUAAUUUCAGGUGUUUUAUAAAUGACAUUUAACUGAGAAUGCAAAGCUAGAUUAUCAAAAAAAUCAUAAUUUAAUCGUACUGAAUUAAAUAGGUACAUACCUCUGUGGGAGAUUUUAAUGAAUUAUAAUUAGACAUAUUAAAAUUACAUAAUUCUACAUAUUUUAUUUCUUUAAAAUUUUCAAAGUGAUAAUUCAUUUGUUGUAGAAUAUUAUCAAAAAUUUCGAUGUAUAAUCGUCGAUAGGUCUCUCUUUCGCCGACAAUAUCAAUCAUCAUUAUUUUUCUUUUAGGUUCGAAGCCCAUAUUUUCAGCUUUAUCCCAAAUAUUUUUAAACAGCUCAUUUUUUUAAUCAUCACAAGUCAUCAAAUUGUCUUAUACAAAAUGCAAUGUCACUUGACUUCGUCUGUAAAAUGUCGUAGGUACUAUAAAAUAUCAGUAAAAGGAAAAAUCUCAAAAUGUCAAAUAAAAUAUUAGUAAAAAUAUUAAGCAAAAAAUUGAAAUCGAGCCAUUUGUACCUAAAUACCUACCCCUUAUAGCAGCAGUAACAGACUCCGCAUCUCGUUUUCGAAUCGGAAGCGGUCGGACGAGCGCUUCCAGGCGUAUCAAAAUUUGCGUGAAAGGAACAUGACUAGCGAGUGAGGUUAUUAAACCCUAACCAAUUUUUGAACGGGACAAAUGCAUGACAAGCAGCGAUUUUGAGAUGCGCUUCCGUCAGGACCGGACUGAAUCGUUGAAUUGUGUGCUUAUUUGAGACCGUUCUUAUGCGAUCAAAUUUUAAUAAUGUUUCAAUGCCUAUUAGUUACAUAAUAGAUUACUUAGAUUAGGGAAACAUUGUUGAUAAUUAAAUACUAAUUAAUAAUAUAUGUAUUUUCUUAUAUGGAAGUAUACAUGGACCGCACGCCUCUGUACUACAUGCAUCUCCAUCUAUUUCCUCAUUACUCUACAGUACCGAUCUUAGAUACUUAACACUAUUUUCACAAUCAUUUCACCAUCCAAACAUCAUUUUAUUUGUAGUAGCUCUCAUCUCUAACUGAACGUUAGAAAUAUUCCGUUUUUGUCCUACCAAGUUUUAAACCCCUUUCCUCAAGAGCUUGUCUCUAUUAUUCCGGAUUUUGUUCUAAGUAGCUUUCACUAUUUCCUAUUAACAUUACAUCAUCAACAUACGUUAAUCACCAGGGAAUGUUAACCUGUAGUUUCGCUGUUACCUGAUCCAAAACCAAUGAAAAUAAAUAAGGACUGUUAUCACAUACUUUUGCUCGCUGCUUAUAGUAUAAAUUCGGUAUUGGGUCAUUGCAGUCCAUAUUCUUUGAUUUCAGGACAUUAAUUCGGUAUUAGGCCAUUGCAGUCCAUCUUCUUUGAUUUCAGGACAAUAAUUAAUUGUUCGUGUCGUACUUUAUCGGAUGCUUUAUUAUGGUCAAUCAAACACUCAUAUCUUGAUUGACGUCCAGGCACCUUUGUAUCAGUAUAUUAAGUGAAAAAAGGCGUUCCUAGACCUUUGCAAAACCCAAAUUGUGUAUCAUUAAUGUCUAUGUCCAGUUGAUAAUAUAUUCGGUUAUGAAUGACUCUUUGACUGAAUUAUGCGGCAAUCACCGAAUUCUCUUGCGUUUUUCGGUAGAAAGCCAUCUUCACUUUGGCCUAUCAAUAUUGCAUCAUCUGCGUAACAGAUAAUUUUAAUUUCAUUCGAAGGAAUGAAGUUUCAAGGAACGAAGGACUUCCAUGUUGAAACGAAUAGACUAUCUUCGCUUAUUCCAUUGAAGCGGGAUGUUUUUCAAUCUUGAAGGCCUCUUGAAAUCUUAGGGACACUUUCACCUUUAGGGACUUCAAUUUACUGAUUUUAAAGGUGGUUCAUUAUGAUUGCGUGACCAUUAGUGCAAAGCUAAACCGACUCUUUGAUAAUUCACUCUUUGUGCUAACAAACUAUCGUCUUAUCUGUUGUUGAGACACAUGGUGUGUUUUCCGAUAUCAAUAGCUUCUCUGAAUAUUUGGUUGUAAUCUUCAGGAGUUUCUGCUAUUGUAACCUUCUCGUUUCAUUGAAACACUCGGGAUGUUUCUCGAUCUCAGUGGCUUCUUGUUUUAGACUUAGGGUCAAGAUCGAGUUCUGAAGAAUACUGCGAAGAGCGAGUCAAAGCCCAACGUAGCCAAAAUCAAAGCUGCUAAACCCGGGAACUGAGUAAAUUUGAUAUUGGUUAUUAUAAUAAUAUGGGACUUACAUGUAAGUUCCAUUUUACUGACCGCGGAAACCUUUUCGAAUAUUUAUUUUAUAUUGGAUAUCUCUAGAUAUUAAUUUGGGUUUUUUACCUCUGUACAUUCUAAUUAUUUAAUUGAAAGAAUGUUAUUUCUAUAAUAUUUUAACUUUAUUAUCCAGUAAGCGCCACGCUAGUAGACACACGGGAACCUGUCAUGUCAUGUGACUGUCAUGAAACUAUUUAAAAUAAUUGUUUCUCCAUACUAAAAAUACAUUAAUAGUAUUGUUAAUCUGCUUUAAAAAACUUCAUUCAAACACCAACAAUAUUACAGUACUUUAUAACUUUUACAUUUUAACACAAUGACAACUACAAACUUCAAAUACAACUGUUCUAUAAACUGCCAACUUUCUGUGUUUAUAUUGGUUUUUAUGGUUUUUAUACAUUUUCUGAAGUUUUAGACGCCACUAGACAUAAAUGUAAACAGUGCAACAAGUGAAGGGUCCAGGAGUGUAUUAGUAGCUCAAUGUAGUGGAGCUGUAGCGGAGCUCAAUGUGUCUAGUAGUGUGGCGGUUACUUUAUAAUCCGGGGACAAAACUGAAGUUUUUGGGAGCAGUAAGGCAAAGUUGUUUCUGGAAAGAUAAUUGGCUAUUGAAUUGUUGUCAAACGAAAAAAAUGUGUCUGCAAUUUUGUUAUAAUUAGAAAUCAGUUUGAUUGUGUCAUUUACUGUUUUAGUAAAACAAGAGAAAUUGACUAUUAUAUUGCCUCUAGAGAGGUGGACUACAUCUUCUGUUAUAUUGUGUUUAUCAAGCGUUACAAAUUGUACAUCUGGGGUAUGUUUUAUUUAUUUUUACCUUCCCGCGGUUGUUUUUAGCAUAUUAUUUAUUUAUUUUAGAAAUAAACUAUAUAAGUAAA